GAAGUCGCCCCGCCGCGAGAGGAGGCAGGAGGCGGAGCUGUGCUGCUCGGCCUGAGGACUUAAUUUCUGUCUUCAUGGAAGCUGUGAAGAUGUAAGCCUACUUCAGAUGCAAGCAGCUGAGUUCCUGAAUUCAAUUACUGCAUCACAUUGAAUGAACAGGAUUUUGUCCAUAAAAACAGACUUCAGCAAAAGUGAUUUUUGGAUUGAAAACGAUGGGUAGAAAAGAUGCCUCUACAGCAAGAACUCCUGUUGACCAGUACAGGAAACAAAUAGGAAAACAAGAUUAUAAGAAAACCAGGCCUAUGUUAAGAGCUACAAGAUUAAAAGCAGAGGCCAAGAAAACUGCACUAGGCAUAAAGGAAGUUGCACUUGUCCUUGCAGCUAUACUGAUAUUUUUGUUGGCUUUCUAUGCUUUCUUUUAUCUUAACAUUUCCAAUGAAGUUGACCUUGAUCUGGAUCCAGAUGAAAACUAGCAGAUGCGAUGAAUCUAUCAUCAAGAUUUCUUCAGCUUCAACAAGACUACGUAGGAACACACAGUCUCUUCACUGUGAGACAGUAAAUGAUGCCAUUUCUUGCAGUCCAAAUUCAUAAGAAAGUUUUGCAAUACAUCAGUCACUUUUACAUUCCAGAUCUCCAAAAUAAGAGAAGAACACUUAUGCCCGGCAAGUGUAUUCAGUUAACAGGAAAGCUAGGAGCAUCCAUACAAUACAUGAAGUUUGUUGUUUACAUUAUUUGUUUUCUCAGGCAGAGAACUUUGAUGUCAAAAGACAGGUGCUAUUAUUAUCCUGGAUAUUGAUGCUGACUUCACAGGAGAGUCUGCCUUGACUAAAUUUAGUAAUCAAAGCUUCCUAAUAGCCAAAUUAGUUUCCUUUUCCUUUCCCAAAAGAAAGCAGAAAUGCCAAAUAAAAAGUCUUUUCUUGAUUUGUAUUUAAAAAUAUAUCAAAAAUCCCCCUCAUACUUUUUCUCCCUUUUAAUCUUUUUUCGUGCAUGUGUGCACACACGCGCGUAUGAGAUGGAAGAAAUUGUAGGGAAAAAUAUCUUUUUAGAAGCAGUCUGUCACCUCCUAUAUGGACUUAAUUUUAUGUCAUCCCAGAUUCUGUGUGCCCAUAUAUCUGCAGUAAUCUUUUUCAUUCUUUUGCCAACUGUUCAGCACACAUGUGUUCUGUCAGAAAUGGCACCUGGAUGACAGAAGCUCUAACAUUCGCAUAUGCCUCUGAAACACAGUUCUUUGCCUCCUGUGCUGUCUGAACUAGUGUAAAUAGAAAGUUCAGUCGAUGUUGGUUUUAAUUAGUGUAUUGCUCUACUAUUAAGUCAAAAUCAUAUUUUAAUUAUACUCUUCCUGCUGGUUGUGGUAUAAGCUUGCUCUACCUGUUAGGGGGAUUUUGUAAAAAAGAUUGCUUUUCAGUUAUACAAUCAUUUUAAUCAUCAAACUAAUGUGAGAAGUUGUAAGUAUUAAGAAACCUUUUUUGGUUUUGUUUUUGGUUUUUUUUUUUCCAUGCGUGCUAAUAAUUGGGAAAGUCUUGGCUACAUGACAUCCUUCAGUUCUUGCGAAGUACCUUGCAGAAUAUGCACAUUUCUGAUCCCUUUGAUAACCACAAGCCACUUGAAGAAGUUGGUAUGUCAAAGCUGCUGCAGGGAGAUGUAAAAUUCUGUCUAUAUCCUGUUCUGCUUUGAGUUUGCCAUAUAACUGAGCUUGUUGUUGUAAAGGUUCAGUUUUAAAAAGGUGGUCAGUCCUUCUCUAGUUCACAUUCACUUUGAUACCAAGAAAAGCAUCGCACCAUUUUCACUGAAUAUGGCAAUGAAGUUAGGUAGAUUGACUUCCAGAAAAGUAAUUAUAAUUGUGAAAUUCUGUUAGCAAACUAGGUUGGCGUCAUCUUUGACACCAAUUUCAGGGCUGAAUGUUAGGUGUAGUUGCAACUGAGAUGUUUACUGACUUGUUCUAGAAAUGCCUGACUAAGAUUUCUUAUAGUGAUUUUGAAGACAAAGGGAUACAAAUCAUAGCAGAUAUUAUAAUGGAAAAUAUAUUUAUUUUAAAUUGACACAGCUCCAUUAUCACCACUUAAGGAACUUAGAUCAAUACAGUUAAUUUUUAAACCAUACGGUAACUAUGACCAUAUACAUGAUGAGUCUCUAAGGAUCCACUUCUUAUCUGUCAUUCUCCUCAUUCACUUUAUGCAAUGCAAAACAACUCCUCUAGAAAUUCAGAGUACAUCAGUCUUCCAAGAAGAAUAUGAAAGACAAACGUAAACGUAUAUGUGCAAAUAUUCAUCAUUUUCUAAUUAUGACUGUUACAGACGCGAAAUCCUAACAUUUAUGCAUGCAUAUGACUUACUGUCCACUAAUACAUGCACACAUGACCAAAUGCUUAGUAACAUGUUGCAUUCAUGGUGAAGCAUUAUCUGACACAUGGCCUGGCUUUCAGUGGAGGGAAAAGCAUAUCUCAAACUGUCUCCUUGAAUGUGACAUGCUUCUCACUUCACCAGUGCCACAGCACAUGUCACAGAAGCUGCAGACCUCUCCUGUUACAUUGCUUGAGCAAUUAUGUUGUUCCACAAAAUGCUGGAAAGAUUGCUUUCUUAAUGUCUGCGUGUAGCUCUCUGGGUGAUGUGUGGCCUGAGAAAGAUGUGUAGUUACCCCUUCAUGCAGGUUGUCUCAUAACCUGCUUUCUGAAUCAAUUAGAUUAAAAAGCAAGCUAUUCUUACAGUCAAAUUUAUGAACAUGAAGUUACUAGAACAGGAAGAUUGCAUUUCCCAUAAUUAUGACUCAUAGACAAAAUCUGAAGCGUGUGUAUGUGUGAUUGAAGCAGCUUCCCUGGUCUGUGGCUUACGAGUCCGUAUUGCCCACAAGUGCCAUAGUUUACAGUUUGGUGGCUUCAUUUAGGUCAGGCCUUUUCAUCUACAUGAAAGAUAUUCUCAUGUAACAAGAAAGUUUCCUUUUGCUUUGAUAAACUGGAUAGGCUUCUGUUCCGUGUACAUAGAAAUGCAUGGUUAAUAUUGCAGCAAAUAUAUCUUUUGUCGUAUUAGUAAAAUAAUUUCUAAUGGGUCUAUGUCAAUAGUCUUUUCAAGCUAAAAGCCACCACUUUACAUGAAAUGAAAUGAACCACCCUUGGUUUUUUAAAAGGCACAAGCACAACAAUGUUAGCAAUGAGGUCUGAUUCUCGUGAGACUCCACCUGGAGUACUCUGUACAGCUCUGGUGUCCUCAACAUAAGAAGGACAUGGAGCUGUUGGAGCAAGUCCAGGGGAGAGCCACGAGGAUGAUAAGGGGGCUGGAGCACCUCCCGUAUGAAGACAGGCUGAGAGAGUUGGGGCUGUUCAGCCUGGAGAAUAGAAGGCUGCGUGGAGACCUCAUAGCAGCCUUCCAGUAUCUGAAGGGGGCCUACAAGGAUGACAAGAGGGACUCUUCAUCAGGGACUAUAGUGAUAGGACAAGGGGUAAUGGGUUCGAACUUAAACAGGGGAAGUUCAUGUUAGGUAUAGGGAAGAAAUUUUUACUGUGAGAGUGGUGAAAAACUGGAACGGGUUGCCCAAGGAAUCUGUGGAUGCCCCAUCUCUGGCAGUGUUCAAGGACAGGCUGGAUGGGGCGUUGAGCAACUUGGUCUAGUGGAAGGUAUCCCUGCCCAUGGCAGGGGGGUUGGAACUAGAUGAUCUUAAGGCCCUUUCCAACCCAAAUCAUUCUGUGAUUCUAUGAUUCUAUGAUUCUGAGUUUACUGAUGCAUGAUUCCCCUGAGUUCACUGAAAUCGCAACUGAUUUACUCCAAGGGGAAAUCAGAAUCUGACCUCAAGUUAUUUCUGCUUUCUGGAGUGCUACAUUGUCCAUGCCUGAUAUUUUAGAGACUGAUUUUAAUCUUGCAAACAUGUGGCUUAUUUUGUCCUUAAUUAUAUCUGAGAUUGAAAUAUACCUCUUGGGUUUUGGACCACCUAUCUUUGUAUUAGUUGUUCAGUGUCUAUUUUAUUAAUAAAUGUAUUUUUACUAUUUUGGUGCUCUUACUAAUGUUGGACACAAUUAUAUAUACAUUUGAAAGAACUUUAAAGCAAUAUAAACAGCACAAUGUUCAAAUAUGAGCAGUGAUGCUCACUAGUUUUAGAAUAUCUGGAUGAUUCUAGGCAGUUCUAGCCCCUAAGCUCAUAUUAAAAUAAAGUGUAGCCUAUGAAUACUUAAAAGACAAUAAAGAGGACUUCCCUUGAAGUCCUUCCCUUGAAUACCAGUAGACCAAAUCUCUUUCUGCAGACAAGUUGUUCUGUGUAGCUCCAUCAACUUCAGAUAUUGAUUUUAUUACAAAAAUAAUACUUUUAUAUGCUUGUUUCAAAGAAAUAUUGCUGAACAAACCAUUUAUACAGCAAACCUGGCUUAACAGGGCAAGUUUUUUCAAGGAGAUUCACCUGUGGGGAAAGGGUAGAUAUUAUUGUUGUUACCCUCUGCUUGUGGAGUAAACUGAAUUUCUUUCCUGCAGAGGUUGUGGAGAAGAUGUCUGUACUGGGUCCUCAUGCUACGGGUCUGAGCACAUGUCCCAUCUGCAAGAGUCUCUGGCAUGAUAGUCUUCCAGCACUGAUUUUGCUCAGUAGUUUUCCUUUUCUCUUUGAUCCUACAACAGCUGAACCAGCAUGUAGGCCAUCUCAGGGCAGAAGCCUCAGUAUAGUAGUACUUCUGAUGAACAUUGCCAAGGAAAGUCUUUAACUCUACUUCCUAGAGUCCAUAAAUAUAUUUCACUGGAAGCUUAGGAGGCAUGUUAAGCAUUUCCCUCAUAGACCCUAGAGAUAUAUUUAAACUUUUCUUGAAGAACGCUUUAUUUAAAGUUCGCUGUUGCAUAUCAUACAGACAUCAUGUGAUUCAGGAUCUGUCAUGGCUCUUUACAUGCGUCAGACCAGCUGUAGUGAGGACAACACGUAGACGGCGAGAUUAUGCUGCAACACAUAAUUGUGAACAUCCGCAACUUGGGAAAACUCAUCUGUUUGCUUAGGUGUCAUCUUAGAGCAGUUGACCUAAAAGUUGUGUUUGGAAACAGUUUUUAAACAACUCUCCUAAAUGAAGGCUCAGUGAAAGCACUACAAAACUCCUCAUCCCAUUUCCAUGAAAAUUACCACCAUGGAAGAGGCAUAUCUGCUGACCUGGGGCCAAGUUUUGAAUUUUGCCCAUUCAGAGAGGAAAAUGUUGCUAGCAGCUCCUGGUAGAAUGAUGAUUCAUUUUACUCUGAGAUGGGAUUGUGCCUAUAAGGCACAACUGAGCCAACUGGUGAAGGUCAAAUGCAUUUAGGACAAUUCUCGGUAAAGGACUGUACUUGAAAUGCAGACUAGGUAAGUUAAGAAUACAAGUGAAUACAAGCAGAAUACUACAGAUCUUGAUCGCAUUUCAAGUUUUACUUACAGUAGCAUAAUAAUUAGUGUUGCUUAUGACUAAGAAAAUAGCAAUAUGGCACAUCAAUAAGACAGCAGAAAUGUGAUGUUGGAACUGCUUCUUAAAAGAUUUUGUAGGGGAUUAUGCCUGCACUUUGGGAAAUGAAGCUAUGAGAUGAAUAAACUGGCAAAGAUUGUCUGUGAUCUUAUGCUUACAGUUUUUUUCCCUGAGAGAGCCGACGGAGAUAUUUUGCAACACUUUUCCCCAUCAUCCUCUUAUUUUGCUAUAAUGCAUUCUUUUGUAAAUGUAUUUCUACACUUUUCCAAAGUGGAAUAUUUUUUUUGUUGUUGUUGUUCAUCAAUGCAUUCAGUUGACAAAAUCCUCUACUCUUCCUUUUAUUCCCCCUUAAUCACAACCAAAUUGGUGGGGAGACAGCCAAAAUGUUAGGUACCAGUGUCUCUCAAGCAGAUGUCACACCACUAUUUCUUAGCUCGUUUAAAUGAAUAAACAUGUUAAACUGUGAA